CUCGUCUUUAUCAAAUUUACAUAAAUGUUCCUUUUCUCUAUCAGGCAAAGAAUCGCUUUUAUUUAAUAAAUUUCUACCCCGCUUUUGCGCCUAAAACUAUUUUAUAAAUGCGUUCUUCCGGUUCAGUUGUAACUAUGUUGGAAGAAUUCUCUCUUUCUCUGUUUUAUAACUAUCCUUAGGCGUCUAUUAAAAGCGUCUGUUUCGACACUGUCAAUCCCUGGUAGAUGAGAUGUAGAUAGGAAAAACAGUAAAACGUUUCUUUUAUUCUAUAAAUAGCAACAAAAAACAGAAACUAAAAAAAACCGCUCAGAUAUAUUUUGUAACAUCACGAACAAUUUUACAUUCAGAAGGUGUCCUGCAGGAAAAGUAAACGCCUUCCUAAUUCAUGUUAACCUUGCGAAUUUGCUUAUUAUCCUCCUCUUUAAAAUUGUAAUAAGCUUUGUUACUUUUAUUUUUAGAAAAAAUGAUAACAUUUCAUCAUUUUGCAUUGUAAAAAUAUUUGUCCUAUUGCUUAUCAAUCUUUUCAAAUGUACUUUACUUUUAGAAUUUGCUGAAAGUAAGAGAUAGGAACCUGUAAUAGAGCUUAUUAUAAAAUUCCCUUAAAUUCAGGUUAUGCAUGAAAAAUCCCGUUUAUUUGAAUAAUUGUUGUGUUUUCCUUUGUUCAUGCUCUUAAGGAUCGAUAUUUAAUACAGUAGACCUUUAAGUAUUCAUAAUCAGUUGGGAUUAUACCGUAGAUUAUACAGGAGGGUCUUUUCGUGUUGAACAGCCAAAACAUGGCGAAUAAAUGGAAUUAUCCAGUUAUUGCAGAUAUAUUGGAAGAAAGAAGAAAAUGGGAAGUAAGAAUAAAGAGUUCGUGCUCUGUGCCCAAGAAAUUUCCCCUUCAUAAACCUUUUCAGCGGCCACCCAAACCUGAACCACUUAAAGUUCAGCCAAUGCAAGAUACGAAUAUCUACACGGCUUUUAGAAUAAAGCCAAUUAAGACGCGUAAUAAAAGUAUUUCUGCACCGUGUUCGACCCCUCCAUCUAGACCGAUAUCUGGUCGAACUCGCUAUUAUGGUCCACCCGUUCUAGAGCAAGUGCCUACUAUAAAUUCAACAAUUUCGGUAAGUAUUAAAAGACGUACAAACUCACCAGUAAAUAAGAUAAAAAGAGUUCAAUCGGCCGUCACUCAAAGAAGGGAUGACGAAAAAGAUUUUAAAAGAGAAAAAGUAGUAGAACUAGCCAAGAGAAGAGCGGUAAGUGCUCCUCCAAGAAGACAAAAACUUGAAGAAUCUCUGCAAGAUCAACUACUAAAAAUGUAUGAACAAUUUAACUAUGAAAAGAAAGCAAACGGAAUAAAUGGACUAUUCGUAAGAAAAAUGACUUUACACGAUAGAUUAUGAUUGACUAGAAGUAAGGAAGAAAGAAAUAGAGAGAGAGAGAGAGAUAAAAGAUAUUAUAUAUUCAUGAUUGUUCAGAAUAUCUUAUAUUAGCUAAUUACCAAAUAAGAAGGAUAUUAAAUUGGGCAUUCUAACUGAUAAAUUAAAUUAGCUAUAUUGAAACUAUUGCUGUUUAUAUAAUAAUUCAUAAGAGUUAUUCAAUUUGUUGAUUAUAAAUAAAUAAAUUUAUAUAUA